AUGCAUAUGAUUUACCCUCCAAUGUACCCAGUACACAAUAUUCAUCUACAGCCUCUAAUGGGAUCUGAUCCAAACGAGACGCCCACCAACGCCAACCAGGAGACCGUGUUCAGCUUCGCAGAGGGAAAGAUCCCCCAGCCUCCCCAACUUCAGUUGUCAGCAGAGAGUCUGUCUCGUGACGGGGCAUACCUUCUGGACAAGGGCACCCAGAUGAUCCUUUUGGUGCGAAGUCACGUAUCAAUGAACUGGUGCAUGAAGGUCCUGGACCUUCCGAAUCCCACUGGCAUACCAUCUGGAGGAUUGAAGUCGCUGCCUGAGUUAGACAACACUGUGUCAAAUGCCCUCAGAGCUUUCAUAUUCCACUUGCUGGACUCGAGGCCAAACCACGCACCCAUCCUAAUACUCAGAGACGAUGACCCCAGCAAGGCUCUGUUUUUUGAGAGCCUGGUAGAUGACAGAACUGACGGCAGCUCAUCCUACGUCGAAUUCCUGCAACACAUUAACGGCUCAAUUGAGAAGAUGAAGAAGUAA